GUCAUAACCACAAUCCCCAAUUGCUGCACCACAACGCCCGCACAACCUCUCCAAAGCUCCCACCACUUUCUCGUCACCUAGACCAUCCCACCGAGGGAAACGACCGCAACCAUGCCCCGCACCGCAACCAUAAAUCGCGACACCAACGAGACCAAGAUCCAGUGCACCAUCAACCUCGACGGCGGCGAGCUCCUUCCUUUCGAAUCAACACCUUUCUGGGACGCCAUCGAUAAGGCCGCACAGAAUGGCGACAAAGACCACGCCAGCCAAACCUCGACCUCGCAGGCCAUCAGCGUAGACACCGGCAUCGGCUUCCUCGACCACAUGCUGCACGCGCUGUCCAAGCAUGCGGGCUGGUCUCUGCGCCUGCGCUGCCGCGGCGACCUGCACAUCGACGACCACCACACCGCAGAGGACACGUGUCUCGCGCUGGGCACCGCGUUCAAGGACGCGCUCAAGGGCAGCACGGGGCUCGCGCGCUUCGGGUAUGCGUAUGCGCCGCUCGACGAGGCGUUGUCGCGCGCUGUCAUCGACCUUUCCAACCGCCCCUUCUGCGUGGCCGAGCUUGGGCUUCGGAGAGAGAAGAUUGGCGAUUUGAGCACCGAGAUGAUCCCGCAUUGCUUGCAGAGCUUUGCGCAGGCGAGCGGGACGACGCUGCAUGUGGAUUGCUUGAGGGGGGAUAACGAUCAUCACCGUGCGGAGUCGGCGUUCAAGGCGCUGGCGGUGGCAAUAAGGCAGGCUACGACUGUUGUGAAGGCGUGGGAGGGCGAGGUGAGGAGUACGAAGGGCGUGCUGUACUAGGUGCGCAUCCAUGAGGCUGAGUGGUGGGCGUGGGACCGGGUGUAUUAGUCAUAGAUGCAGCGUGGAAGCGUGUCCGGGGAUAGCAAGGAAACGGUACAGUUGGGGGCGGGGGGUUGAUAGACAUAGAUCGGUGGACGGACAGACUGAUGGAUGCAUCUUGGACUUGCUCCUCAGCCCGAGGUGUGCGGGCUGUACACGCACCGGAGCAGAGGUUCCUGCUUCGACGACAUGUAUGAAACAUAACGAUAGAUAUGGCAAAGGGUUCUCUGCCACGACCAAAGCACAUCCACGACAUGAAAG